UCUAUUUCAUUCACAUAACCUUCUGUCAGCAAGCUAACUUAUUAUUAUUCUCCAUCUAAUACUUCUCUGUUGCAUUGAUCUAAAGAACCUGCAGCGGUCUGUCUGGCGGCUAGAAGAGGAGAGGAGAUAAAGGGAUAGCCAAUAAUAGAGGCAGUGUGGUACAGCUGAUCUCUGGCACAGCUGAUUCUCGCCUCUAUCCUUUCUGCAUCCCAGCCACAUAACACGCAACAGCUGACCACACACCGGAGCUUGGCAAGCGAGGGUGUGUGAGGAGCAUGACACAGUGACCAAGUAAUGCUGCCUGGGAGACAUCACCACUGUAGUUAUGGGUUUUGGUAUAGUAAGUCAGCACCAGAACAACACCUUGACCCCAUCCCUGGGAGUCGUCACUCCGCCACAGGCCGGUGACAAGCCCAUCAGCUCAGGAGGGGAGAGUGUGAGCCCCAGCCCUUCCGGACCAGUCUCUGCCCCAGCGGCAGGGAGCACAUGCCUUGCCAUGCCGCUCAAGGAGGACAGCAGGGAGUUUGUGUGUGGAUGGGGGGCCGCGUUCAUCAACAUUACAGUGACUUUUCCCAUGAAUAAGAUAAUGUUUAGACAGAUGCUGCAUGGCAUAUCCUCAGCCAGUGCCCUGAGGCAGCUCAGGAGAGAAGGCCUGAAAAACCUUUACAGAGGAAUUUUUCCUCCCCUGUGUCAAAAAACUAUUUCAACCUCCAUCAUGUUUGGCAUGUACGACCAGUACGGGAAGCUCCUCACCUACCACUACCCUGAGUUGUCUAAAGGUACAACACUCGCUUUGGCUGCGACCCUUGCAGGAUGCACUGAGGCAUUGCUGUGUCCAUUUGAGCGAAUCCAGACAGUUUUGCAAGACAAAAAAUUCCAUGGCUAUUAUAAGAACAGCCUACAUGUAACAAAAGAUUUUUGGAAGUUUGGUAUAAAGGAGUACUACCGUGGAAUGGUGUCCAUUCUUCUACGCAAUGGGCCCAGUAACGUUCUUUUCUUUGGCCUUCGAACGAAAGUGAAAGAAUACCUUCCAGAUACAGGAGAGUCAUGGGGGGGAAACUUCCUCACUGACUUUGUGUCUGGAGCAUUCCUUGGGGCAUUCAUCUCCACAGUCAUGUAUCCUAUCAAUGUAAUCAAGGCUCAUCAACAAUGUCAGGUGGGUGGACCAUUCCAGUCCAUGCAUCAAACGUUCUGGGACGUGUACAGAUCCCGGGGGAGUCGCAUCAGUCGUCUGUUCAGCGGUGCCCAUGUGAAUUACUCCCGUGCCCUCGUGUCGUGGGGAAUCAUCAAUGCUUCCUACGAAGUUCUCCAAAGACUUCUGUACAGUUAACAGCCAUUUAGUAACUGUGUGUGAUGGUAGUGAGUCAGGUAUGUGAUCUUGUUUUGUAGUUUGAUGUUGAUAUAGGACUUGAUAUUUUGUGAUAAUACAGAUCUACACAAAUUGAUUACUAAACAGCAGUUUUUCAUGCUGAUACAAAUUCAAUCCACCAAAGGCAGUAAGAACUGUUGUACUACCUAUUGCACCCUAAACAGUGCUUGGAUUUGUCGUGUUGUAGAACACGUAGGCUCACUGCUUUGUGCUGUUAUUUAUUGUUAUUAACCUUUAAGAUAAGUAGAUCAGGUUUUCCUUGAAUACUAUGAAUUGACAGAACAUGGAGAGUGAAUGUUAAAUUAGUUCAGUUAUUUCUGUGGCUGUUAGAUAAUCUUAUGAAUUGAAAAAACUAUCUGGUUAAAUUUGAAAAUAAUUCAGUAGACUUUCCAUUGAGCAUUAUGCAGAUACAUGCAUUGUAAUGAGUGUUUGUUGGCUGCUCUCCUGUGGGGAGUUCCCUGCAGGGGACAUUUGUGAUACUCGUGACCAGUGGCUGCCUGUGAGCACCACUGUCACUUGAGACUAGAAAUAUAAAUGAAAAUGAGCAGUAUUCCAGCCUAAUGAAAACAGCAACAUUAUAAAUGUAUAAGUGAAAAGAGGGUAAUAAUGGCAUUGGGAAGUAGAGGAUACAGGAAUCUUUCCAGACCAAUUGAUUGUAUUCAUAGAUGAAAUGUUAAAGUAGUAAUAGAUUUUUUUUUUCUUUUUAACAUGAAAUCAUACCUUAUCUUAGAAAUAAGAGGAAGUUAACAUUUUAAUAUAAAAUGAAUUCUUAGAUUUUGUGCCAAAAUUUGUUAAUAGUUUUUAACCAGUUGUACAUGGAGUACUUACUACAUUCUUCCUUUUCUCUUCCAUGAAAUUAUUCAGGAUUCACUGAACCAGUUUUCUAGUGUCCAUAUCAUGUAGGGUGGUUGAGGGAGUGAAGGAUGGCAUCCUGAGAUGGGAAGAAGAGUAAAAAUGAAGAUGACUAACAGUGCAGUGGGUGCAAUAAAAAGAUAGACAGUUAACAGAGUGUACAGCAAUGUUAUUAAUGCAGUGGGUGCAAUAAAAAUAAAGACAACUAACAGAGUGUACAGCAGUAGCAUUAAUGUAGUGGGUGCAAUAGAACAAUCUCUGUUGAAAUGAGAAGACAGAGUGAGAGAGAGAGAAAAAGAGGAGAGUGAAAGGAUAAAAAUAUGCUAUGAGAAAAUGUAAGGGCAAGAAUAAAUGGAGACAUUUUUGUUUCAGCCUUCUUUUUGCAGGGAAGUUGUUAGAAACAGGCAUCAGGUAGAGAUAGACCAACAGGUAGACUUGAUGUAACCAGUUACCUUGAGAAAGUGGAGAACUAGUAUAUGAACAUGAUUAAAAUGUUUUUUAUGGUCAUAUUUCAUAGAAAAUUGAAUAUGAAAGUUUGAUGUUAGUAAUUUUAUUGUAUUAGUAAGCAGAUCAUAUCAGAGUGAAGAUUAGUACCCUCUACUGCCCAUUCCCAUUUGUCUUACUGCAAUAUCUUAAAAGAUAGAUAGACCAUCACCUUAUAAUGGUAGUGUAGGUAAAAUAUCAGGGUAAAAAUGUGGCUGAGACUUGCAUGUGAAGCCAUGGAGAUGGACCUUGCUGGCUGUGUGACUCAUCCUGUGCCACCCUGGAGUGCCCUGGGGCCUAAGUGGGAGGAUGGCUGUUGGUGCCCCACAGUGUACACAGUCACUCCUUAGAGAAUGAACAGUGAUGAGUUCAUUGUUGUGGUGCAGCACCAAGCAUUUUUCUCAGUCAUGCCAUAUGCCUGUAAAUGUUUUUAGGACUUUGAAAUAAAACUAUUUAUUGGUUGGCUACAUGGAACAUUCAUGACUAACACUGCCCUUCUAGUGAAAACAUGAGUCUCAUCACUGAAUCUGGGAAGGAACCAUUAUUUUUAUUUUUUAGAAACAGAAUCAGCAAGAUUUGAGAUAUGAAAUCCUCAUUGGGUGAUAGAUGGGGCUUCCCCUUGCAUUUGAUAUAUCAUCACAAAGUCAUUGAGGAUCUCAAAAACAACUUAUAUGUCAGUAGAAGGGCAUCUUACAGUCUCCUAUGAAGGGAAAUUAUAUGUAGCCCCAGUAACAUUCAGCUAUGGCAGUUUUGUCCUUUAUAUAUAUAUAUAUAUAUAUAUAUAUAUAUAUAUAUAUAUAUAUAUAUAUAUAUAUAUAUAUAUAUAUAUAUAUAUAUAUAUAUAUAUAUGCAAGUAUCUAACCUAUUGCAUCUCCUUUCCUUUAUCAGACAUCUUAGUCAUGUGACUUGUCAAAAAUAUAUGAGCUGCUUUUAGACUUGACCUUGUGCUUAGUACUGAGUCACCUAGCUAUGAUAUUUGUUCCUUGUUGAACAUACAGUAAUAGGUAUCAGUUACAUUCUCACUCUUGAGUGUUCAUGUGUUGCAUCAUUGUAUAAACUUAGAGUAUUACUUGGAGGCAAUCCAUGGUGGGCAGCCUCCUCCCUGUUAAUGAGAUGAAAUGUUCACUUAUCCAGGUUUGUCUGGCAGGAUCCAUAUCUCCUAACUUGCCCAAGGGAUGAGAUUUUGGUUACAAACAGCUGCUUAAAGUUAGCUUACACAUUGUACAAAUGUUAUAGAAUAACCAAAAAGUCAACAUUUUGCCAUUAGUCUUGUAAUAUUUGCUGAGUGUGUUCAUCUUGAGUAGAAAGUCUUAAUCACUCACUAGUAAGACAUCAUGUCUUAUCCAUAUAACACUUAUAUAAUUCACAUUUGCUAUUUUAGCCAUUUACUUUCAGUUUUCAGCUUUCCUUUGGAAUCCUACACUUGUUUAAAUUAUGUUGGUUUUUGCUAUUCAGUUUACAAAAUAUAGUAAUAAUACUUACUUCAACUAUUUAUUUAUUAGUGUGUGGCAUACAGUACAUAAUUUUUGGACUCUUGUACCAGGCAUGCACAAAAAUACUUACAGGAAGGCAUGAUUGCUAGCUUUCUGUUCAUCCCUUAACUUUUCUCUACUAAGGAAAUAUGGAUUAUAAUGUGAAAGGACACAAACCCAAAUUGCCUCAGCUCAGAAUGUAAACCCACCUCCUCACAGCUGGAGGCCAAGCAUGCUACACACUGUGCUCAUCCACACUCAUUCAUAUUUCACAUUCACACACCACUUCGUAAGUCAGGACAAUGGAAGCAACACAGGUCUUGGUUUAUGUUCAUUUCGUAAUGUUGAUUCUUUUGGUGAGAAGUGGACUGUACUAUUCAUUCUCCAGAUGAAAACAGCUACCAGAUGUUGAAAUGAGUCUCCUUCCUACCAUACUGAGAUUGUCAUCUUAGGUAGCAUAUGGAGUUUAUUCACUCUUGUGGCAUGACAAAGAUAACUUUUAUCUUAUCACAGACUGCACAACUAAACAUCAAUGAAAUCCAGACUAGCAUUGUUCAGAAAUGUAGUAAUAUAGUAAUAUAGUGGUGUUUGGUACAGUUGUGUGUAGUAUAAACCUUAUGUUUGUGCUUUGCUGUAUAUUUUCACUUAAUUUACUGAUUUUACAAAUUGUGUAUAAUUGUAGAUGGCUGAUUUUAAUGUCAACAGACUUUCCUUGUUUACAAAAUGCAUGCAUUUACAUUGACAGGUGUGUAUAUUUUUAAUCUAGUGACAUGUACAUGUAAGCAAUCAAUAUGUUGUACAGUUUUAUCCUCAUGAAUUAUUUUUUUAUAGAUUAAAUAAAGAAGUUAUUUAUUC